UUGAUUUCGAUUUGUUGACUGUUCUUUGGAAAAUAUGUACUAAUAUGUACUUUUUUUUUAAUAACUAUUUUACGAAUAAUUCUACCUAAAACUUAAACGAUAUAAAAAAAAUGUUUUUACUGACGGUGUAUAAAAUUUUUUUUAAAUAGCAUUAAGCUUAGCGUCUGUAUUAGUUUGUAUCAAAUACGAUUCCCCUUUAGAAUUUGCACAUAGACUAAAGUCUUAAAUUACUUGUUAAGUUUUCGGCACAAAAAAAUAAAAUGCCGCCGGUAUUGAAAUGCAUUGAAAUGGACAAUUUCAAGUCCUACAAGGGCCAUCAUAUGAUUGGACCCUUGAAAAAUUUUACAGCGGUCAUCGGGCCCAAUGGUUCUGGCAAAUCUAAUUUUAUGGAUGCUAUAAGUUUUGUGAUGGGCGAAAAAACAAAUAGUCUCCGUGUGAAACGUCUUAGCGAUCUCAUACAUGGGGCUUCAGUUGGACAACCAGUAUCUCGCAGUGCGAGUGUAACUGCUGUUUUCCAAAUGGACGAUGAAGGAACUGAAAAACGUUUCACUCGAACGGUUCAAGGAUCAUCCAGUGAUUAUAGAAUAAAUAAUGAAUUUGUUCAGAAUCAAGAAUAUUUUGCGCAAUUAGAACAGAUAGGUGUAAAUGUUAAAGCCAAAAACUUCUUAGUUUUCCAAGGUGCAGUUGAGUCGAUUGCAAUGAAAAAUCCUAAAGAAAGAACUGCAUUAUUUGAAGAAAUUAGUGGUUCUGGAGCAUUAAAAGAAGACUAUGAUCGUUUAAAAGCAGAAGUAAUGAAAGCUGAAGAAGAAACUAAUUUUACUUACUUAAAAAAAAGAGGUGUUGCGGCUGAACGGAAAGAGGCAAAGAUGGAAAAAGAAGAAGCAGAGAAAUAUCAAAAACUGAAAGAUGAACUGGCCCGAAAAGAAGUCGAGUAUCAAUUAUUCCGUUUAUAUCAAAAUGAAAAUAUGAUUAAAAACUAUGAACUGGAUAUGGAAGAUCGUAAGAAAGAUGUUGCUAAAGUUGAAAGCAAAAAAGAGAAAGCUGAAGAAGUGGUAAAAGAAAAAAAGAAGGAACAAGGAAAAGCGAGUCGUGAAUUAGCCAAAGUCGAACAAGAAAUUAGAGAAAUUGAAGUGGAAAUUAAUAAAAAACGUCCAUCAUUCAUAAAAUCUAAAGAAAGAGUAGCUCAUAUACUAAAAAAACUGAAUACUGCAAAAAAAUCUCUUGCUGAAGUUGUUAUGGCCAAUGACGCACAUAAAAGAGAUAUUGAUGAACUGGAAGCUGAACUAAAAGAAGUUGAGAAGCGAAGACAAGAUUAUGAAGACCAAGUAGCUGGCGAGAGUCAAAGCCAGGGAAGAGAUGUACAACUCGAAGAUGCUCAGGUAGCUGAGUAUAAUCACUUGAAAAUUGAAGCUCGUAAACAAUCUGCUCUUUACUUGCAAGAAUUAGAUUCUAUUAAUAGAGAACAAAAAGCCGAUCAAGAUAAGUUGGAUAAUGAAUUGCGCUUACGAUCGGAAUUGGAAAACAAAAUAAAACAGAAGACACACGAAAAAGAAGAAGCACAAAAACGUGUGGAUAAACUUACCGAACAUAUUAAAUCCAGUGAAAAUGCUCUAGAAGAACAAAGGAGGCUCUAUGAUGAGCUAAGAAAAGACGUAGGAUCGUCUAAAGACAAAGUUUCUAAGCUUCAAAGAGAUUUAGAUAACGUGACAGAACAGUUAGGAGACGCCAAAGUCGACAAACAUGAUGAUAACAGACGUAAAAAAAAACAAGAGCUUGUAGAAAAUUUCAAAAAAGCUUAUCCUGGUGUGUAUGACCGUCUAAUCAACAUGUGUCAUCCAGUAAGUAAUCGCUACAAUGUGGCUAUUACUAAAGUUCUAGGAAAAUACAUGGAAGCUAUUAUUGUGGACUCUGAGAAAACUGCUCGUUUGUGUAUUCAAUAUUUAAAAGAUCACAUGCUCGAUCCGGAAACAUUUUUACCCAUCGAUUACCUGCAGACAAAACCUUUAAAAGAACGUCUUCGUAAUAUUAACCGUCCACACAAUGUUAAGCUCAUGUAUGAUGUAUUGGAAUUUGACCCCGAAAUUGACAGAGUUGUUUUAUUUGCGACUAAUAACGCGCUAGUGUGUGAAUCGCCCGAGGAUGCAAAUCAUGUGGCUUAUGAAUUGGAAAAAGACGGAAGAUAUGAUGCUGUAGCACUUGAUGGCACGUUUUAUCAAAAAUCGGGUAUAAUAUCUGGUGGUAGUUUGGACUUGGCUCGUAAAGCAAAGCGAUGGGAUGAAAAACACAUGACACAUUUGAAAGCAUCAAAAGAAAAAUUGUCUGAAGAAUUACGUGAAGCUAUGAAAAAAUCUCGAAAAGAAUCGGAAUUGAACACAGUAGAUUCUCAAAUUAAAGGCUUAGACAUGAGACUUAAAUAUGGAAAAACCGAUAAAGAAAACACUCUAAAACAAAUCAGAGAUCUGGAAAAAGAAUUAAAAUUCCUUGAAAAAAAAUUGGAAGGAAGUGGUCCUCGUAUUGAAGAGAUUGAGCGUACAAUGCAUACGCGAGACCUUGAAAUCCAAACUAUGCGCGGUCGUAUGAAUUCUGUUGAAGACGAUGUGUUUGCAGACUUCUGUCGUCAAAUCGGAAUGACUAAUAUUCGGCAGUACGAAGAACGCGAAUUAAGGUCACAACAAGAGAGAGCCAAGGUUCGGUUGGAAUUUGAAAAUCAAAAGAAUCGUAUUAUGAGUCAACUUGACUUUGAACGCACUAAAGACACACAAAAUAAUGUGAUACGCUGGGAAAAGGCGGUACGUGACGAUGAAGAUGAGUUAGAAAGAGCGAAGCAAGCAGAGCAGAAACAAAUGUCAGAAAUUGAGAUGGACAUGAAGGAAGUUGACCGGUUAAAGGCUCAACGACAAACGAAAAAACAAGAAGUUGAUCAGAUGGAUGAAGUUAUCAGUAAAGCUAGAAAAGAGGUUGGAGCUAUUGCUAAAGACAUACAAGCAGCUCAAAAACAAGUAAAUAAUUUGGAAAACAAAAUUGAAAUAAAGAGAGCUGACCGUCAUGCUAUUUUGACUCACUGCAGGAUGGAGGACAUUAACAUUCCGUUACUACAAGGGAAUUUGGAAGAUAUCAUUCAAGAACAAUCGGUAAAUAAUUCUGAAGAUCACGGAAGAGAUAGCACGGCUCAUUCUCAAGAAAUGUAUGACCUAGAAUCCAGAAUUAUAGUUGAUUAUUCUUCACUUCCUGAAAAUUUAAAGGAUCUAGAGGAUCCGGACGACAUAAAAAAAGUAACAGAUAAAAUGGCUAAAACUAUGGCUGAGCAAUCAAUGAAGCUUCAAAAAAUACACGCUCCUAAUUUCAAGGCAAUGCAAAAACUCGAUCAGGCCAGAGAAAAAAUGCAGGAAACUGAUCGCGAGUUCAACAGUGCCCGGACUCGUGCAAAGAAAGCCAAACAAAACUUUGAACGUAUUAAAAAAGAAAGACAUACCAAAUUUACAGAAUGUUUUGAACACGUCGCCAACGAAAUUGAUUUAAUAUACAAGGCAUUGUCCAAGAAUCAAUCGGCACAAGCUUUCUUAGGCCCGGAAAAUCCAGAAGAACCGUACUUGGAUGGUAUCAACUAUAAUUGUGUAGCUCCCGGAAAACGUUUUCAACCAAUGUCAAAUCUAUCUGGAGGAGAAAAAACUGUUGCCGCUUUAGCAUUGCUAUUCGCAAUUCAUAGUUACCAGCCAGCUCCGUUCUUUGUACUUGAUGAAAUAGAUGCGGCUUUAGAUAAUACAAAUAUUGGCAAGGUCGCUUCUUACAUAUUACUGAAGAAAGCCAAUUUGCAAACUAUUGUUAUUUCUUUAAAAGAAGAGUUCUUCCACCAUGCCGAUGCUCUAGUGGGCAUUUGUCCCGACGAAGGACAAUGUUUGAUAAGUAAAGUCAUAAUGAUGGAUCUAGCCGAGUACCCUUUGGCAGAACCAGAGGAAAAUGUAGCCUAUUCCUUACGUUAAAAUUAAGUUCAUUAUUUUUACUAUAAAUUUAGACUAUAAUAUGUGCAAGUAUUUUAUUUAUAUAUUCUAUUCAAUUAUUUUUUGAAAAAUAGUUAAAUGUAUUUAAAUGUCAUUUAAAAUUUAAUGAUAUGAUUUUGUAUUUCGUGUUUGAUACACUUACAGUUUUGAAAACCUAUGAUAAUUCCUAUAUACAAUGUAAUAAUGAUCU